AUGCUUCGCCCAUCGAGCACACGCGACCUCCGGCCAGUGACGCCGGACGCACUCUCCAGCGACGGCCCAGAGACACCCGACCCCGCAGCGCCACGCCGCCUCGCGCUUCGGCGGCAGUCGUCGGUGACCGUGCCGCAUGCGAUCAAGUGUCUCUGCAGCAAGCGCCUCGUGGCCAAAGGCGCCGACGUGUCGCUGUGCCCGAUGCAUGCGAUCGACUACAUGGCGGACCUGCCAAUGGACCGACCCAAGCUUGCGUGCAUCCCGCCGGAGGCCAACAUCAAGAGCCUCCCGCCGUUCGUUGUCGGCGAGCAAGUCGUGUUGCUUGGCGGCGUCCCAUCAUCAUCAUCAUCGUCGCCGCCCAAGUCGCCGCUCAAGAAGCUGCUCGGAUUCGAGCACUGGCGCAGCACCGUGCGCAUUGCGAGCGACGCGGCCUACUGCACCGAUGGCACGUUCUCGAUCCAGACGGCCGACGGCAGCAUCUACGAUGGCAUCUCAAGCAUGCGCCUUGAAUCGACGACCAAGGCGGCCACCGAUGUGACGCCCCGCUACGUCGACAAGCUCAUCUUGAAGCUGGUACCGUUCUCUUGUCGACUGUAG